AUUUUGAAAAAAAUUAUAAAAAAUUGGAAUUUACAGGUUAAUAAAUUUUUUUUCUCAAUUUAGAUGUGAAAAAACAAAUGAUAGCGAACAACUGAACUUAAUAACCAGAAGUUUCAUUCACAUGCAAAAUGGAAAAGUCAUUAAACACAUUGAUAAGCUGGAUUAUAAUAAUCCAAUAUUAAUUUCCAGGUGGGUAAUUUAUUAAUAUACCUGUUUUGAUAUUAUAUAUAUUAUUUUACACAUUUUGUUUCAGUUGUAUGGAAUCACAAAUUUUGAAAAAAAAUAGAUUUGCAGAAUUAAAGUGCGAAAUAGAUGUAAUAAAUGAUACACAUUUCUUUUCGAGUUCUAUAAUAAUAGAAAACAAUGAUUUAGAAUUUGUUUAUAAUGUACAAACGGAAUAUGGAAAUAAGCCAUACAUAUGCAGUAUCUGUAAAAAAUGGUUUGGCAGAUUAUCAACAUUUUUAAGUCACAUGAAGGUUCAUAAUACUUCCAGAAAAUCAAUCAACAGAUGUUCUUUGUGUGGUUGUCUUACUUUUUUUUCUUCUAAAGAACUGACAAAAAAGAAUAAUAAAGCUAUUAUUAGUAAUAAAACCCCAUUUAAAUGCAGAAUCUGUCAAAUAAUUUUCUAAAGUUAGAACAAAUUAAAACAACGCGAUAUUACCCAC